AUGGAUUUGCAAUUCUCAUCGAAAAAAUUCUUGAAGUCAAUUCGCGAGAAACCAAGAAGUUUUCAACGAUCAACCUAUACCGUGAUGGGAUCACCACAAAGAAUAGUUUAUUCUUCAAAUACAACAUCUUCACACUCUCAACAACUCAAUGAAUUUCCCGGUGUUAAGUUCCGCAAGAACACUUCUCCACUUGAUGCAAAUGAUGAAAGGAAGCAACUCAUUUUCGGGACAAUUCGUGGAUUGAAACGAUUCAAAAGACAUUCCGACUUAUCAGAAAUUUUUGGGCGAAAGCAACAAAGGACAGAUAUCGUUUCCCUAUGCUCUCCAAAUCUGCCAAAGGAAUACUCGAUUGAUCCGAGGCCGGAUGAUGAAGCUUCAUUCAAUGAAAGUCAGCUUGUAGCACCCGAAAUUGUUCAGGAAGUGCCAAAAUGCAAGCAAUCGAUUCGACGAUUGGAAGGAUUGGAAGAUCUUCAACAAGAUUCAAAAUUGGAGGUUGGAAAUCCACUUCGAGAUCGUCAUUUAUCCCCAUAUGCCAGGACUUCAUCCACAAUGACAACCAGAAGCAUGUAUGAUGAUGCGAGCUUUCGAGCUAGACGACGUCCAUUUUGUCAGGUGAGCGAUAUUAUCCGAACACAUCGGAUUUUGUUUUUAAACCGAAUUCAACCCAAAAUCCGU